AUGGCUAAGACACCAGGGGAAGCAAAGAGAACUAAAUUAAAUCUAGAUAGUAAGGAUAUAGUGCAGAUAAAAAAAAGAGAUAAGGAGAUUAAAGAUAAAUUUAAUUUACCACAUGAACUGUACCAAGGCCAGAAAGACUUUAUUAAAGAUGCAACUGAAAUAAUUAGAAAUAACAGGCUGGGUAUACUGGAGAGUCCAACAGGAACAGGAAAGACUCUCUCCAGCUUAAUAACUGCAAUGGAGUACCUGGGUGAUAGUGAGUUUAUUACAGAAGGAGUUUCAAAGGCUAAUGCAGAUCUGUUAAAAAGCUUAUAUAACAGAACAAAUAAGCGUGUUAUAUAUGCCUGCCGUACUCAUACACAGCUAGACCAAGUAGUCAAAGAAUUAGAAGAAUUAAAUAAAUAUUCAGGAAUGCAUACAUCAGGGGUAGUUCUAGGGUCUAGAAGACAGACCUGUAUUAACUAUAAGGUGAAUGCCUCCAAAGACAUAAAUAAUAUGUGCAGAUCAACCACUAAGGAUAGAAAGUGUUCAUUUUACAAUAAUUUACAGGAAGGAAAGGCAGAGAGAUCCAAUAAGAAUACAAUAUCUAUUGAAGAGGCUAUCUCAUUGGGAAAUUCAUGCAGAGUGUGCCCAUACUUCUAUUUGAAGCACCAAGCAAGAAAUGCUUCAAUUAUAAUUCUUCCUUACUCUCUUCUCCUACAGAAGGACUUUUUUAGUGAACUCGGGAUACAGAUGAGUGAAACUGUGCUAAUAAUUGAUGAAGCACAUAAUUUAUACAGCACAGUACUAGAUGAGUACUCUGCAGGUAUAAGUGAAUCAGAACUAUCUCAGAUAAUCCCAGUGUACAGUGAGUACAUGAAUAAGCAGGAAGGUAAACGUAAAGUGGAUUUCUUAGAACUAUUCAUCUUUGUAUCUGGUGUAUUUGAGUAUUUAAAGAGAAGCACCAAGGAAGAUGCUACGGAUACAGGACAAGCUGAGAUUUAUAAUAUAAAUAGAUUCUUGAUAGAUGCAGAGCUGGAUCAUAUAAAUCUGUUAGAAAUAGCAGAAAGAAUAGAUCCAUUUCUACCCAGUAAAGUAUUUCCCAUGCGCACGGAUGAUGUAGAGAACAAAAAAGAGGAUAUUUUAAGAAGGUUGUGUAAAUUGGUCAGAUUAUUAGGAGAAUGCGACAGACACAGUUAUAUAGUUAAGGAGAAAGGACAGAUAACCCUUAAAAAUAUAUAUCCUUCAGACUAUCUCUCAUAUUUUAUGGAUAUUAAGAGUAUUCUGGCAAUUGGUGGUACAUUGACUCAGUCCUCAGAUAUAUCACUGCUAUUUAAUAGAGAAGUAACCAAAAGAACAUAUCCUUCUGUAUGCAAAAAUAUCCAAGUAGCCAUCUGCAGUGACUACUCGUUUGUGUACAAUAAAAGAAAUGAAGAGGUCAUGAGGGCCUUUAGUCUGGCAAUGCUAUACUAUAAGAAGAUUGAAAAAGGAGGAAUAUUACUAUUUGUUCAGUCUAAAAGUGUUCUUAGCAUAUUAAAAUUGUAUACAGCAAGAGAAAGAAUCAGUAAUGUAAAUAUACUAUUUGAAGGGACUGCAUCUAUGCAGGAGUAUAAAGAGAGAUUGAAAAAGGAAAGAAAGGUGCUUAUGGUGUGUGUGAUGGGUGGAAACUUCAGUGAAGGAAUUAAUUUUAGUAAUGAUUUGUGUAGAGUUCUAAUUAUUUGCGGUAUACCUUUGCCUAAGCCAACUGAGGAAAUUCUUUUAAUUCAAAAGACCAGAGGAGAAGACUACUUUAUAGACAAAGGCAUGCAAGCAGUUAACCAAACAAUAGGAAGAUCAAUUAGAGCAGAAAAUGACUAUAGUUGUGUUCUCUUGCUGGAUAAAAGGUUUGUAAAAUAUAAGGAAAAACUGUCCAAGUGGCUGCAGCCAUAUAUUGUAGAGAGAACAAGCAGUAAUGCACUAGAUCCAAUGGUGUCAAAGAUAAAUGAGUGGCAUAGAAUGGAAAAGAAAUAA